AUGCCAAGAUCCAAACGUUCCAAGCUAGUCACUUUAGCUCAAACCGAUAAGAAAGGUAGAGCUAACAAAGAAAGAAUCUUCGAUGAAGUUAGAGAAGGUCUAGAUACUUACCGUUACGUCUGGCUAAUGUUGCUUGAUAAUGUAAGAACUCCUGUCUUACAAGAAAUAAGACAAGCAUGGACAGGUUCUAAAUUAUUAAUGGGUAAAAGAAAGGUACUAGAAAAGGCUCUUGGUGACACUAGAGAAAAUGAAUAUAAGGAAAAUCUUUAUAAGUUCACUAAACUUUGUAACGGUGUUACUGGUCUAUUGUUCACUGAUGAAACUCCAGAAGUUGUUGAAGAAUAUUUUAACGCUUAUGAAAAAGCUGAUUUUUCAAGACCAAAUUCAAAGGCUCCAAUAUCGUUCACUAUCCCAGAAGGUAUUAUCUAUUCCCGUGGUGGUCAAAUCCCAACCGAUGAUGAUAUUCCAAUGGUCCAUUCUUUAGAACCUACUCUAAGAACUAAAUAUGAGAUCCCAACAAAGAUUAAAGCAGGUAAGAUUACUCUUGAGGCACCUUACGUUGUUUGUCAAGAAGGUGAAACUUUAGAUGUUCGUAAAGCUUUGAUUCUAAAGCAAUUCGGUAUUGCCGCUUCUGUAUUCAAAGUUAAAUUAGCAGGUUAUUAUGAUAAUGACUCUUCUGAAGUGACUACUACUAAGAUAAAUAUUGAAUAA